AUGAUUGGAGAGGCAGAGGUGAUUGCGUUGGUUGACAAUGGGGCUUCCCACAAUUUUAUUUCGCAUGAUUUGGCGCGAAAAUUAGGUCUGGCAGUGGAGAAAGGGAAAUCAUUUGGGGUUAUGGUAGGGAAUGACUUUACAGUCAGAGGGGAGUGUAUUUGCAGAAGGGUGCAAUUGAGGAUACAAGGGAUUGAAUUGCCCCAGGAUUAUUUUCCAUUUGAGUUAGGAGGGGCAAAUGUAGUGUUGGGAAUUUCUUGGCUCAGUACACUAGGUGAUGUUUGUGCUAAUUGGAGAAAUCUAACAAUGGCAUUUAUCAGUGAAGGGAAGAGGGUGCUUUUACAAGGGGAUCCAUCAUUAGUCAAGACGGUUGUGUCACUUAAGGCAAUGCUAAAAUCUUUGCAGAGGGAGGAUGCGGGUUAUCUGAUUGAGUUUUUCUCCAUUGGUGUCAAGGGAGAGGAAACAGAGGAUCCUAUUGAUCCGACAGCUGCUGCAGUUGUAGAUGGAUUUAGCCACCUGUUUGAACAGCCUACUAAGCUCCCAUCUAAGAGAACCACUGACCAUGCCAUAGUCUUAGAAGCUAAUGCCAAACCUCCUAACAUUCGCCCAUACAAAUACUCUUAUUCCCAAAAAAAUGAAAUCAAAAAGUUGGUGGGUGAGAUGCUAGUGGCAGGAAUUAUACAACCCAGUACCAGUCCUUUUGCUAGUCUUGUGUUGUUGGUUAAGAAAAAAGAUGGUAGUUUGUGUUUUUGUGUAGAUUACAAGGCACUAUAUAACAUCACUAUCCCCGACAAGUUCCCUAUUCCCUCAAUUGAUGAACUGUUGGAUGAACUAUCAAGGGCAGCCAUUUUUAUGAAACUGGAUCUAAAAUCAGGUUACCACCAUAUUAGGGUUAAAGAAGAGGAUGUUCCCAAAACAGCCUUUAGGACUCACGAAGGGCAUUAUGAAUUCCUAGUCAUGCCUUUCGGAUUAACCAAUCCCCUUCCAUCGUUCAAGCUUUAA